UUCAAGCUGCACAUCUGGUCUGUUUACAAUUUGCAUGCAUGUAAAAUAAAUAAUUCGUUAAAAUUUACCAAAAAAUUAACUUUUUGUGAUUGUUUUCUCUUUAAAAAAUCUGUACGGCAUACUGUUGGAUCUAUUAAAUACUUCUGCAAUUUGCUGCGUAGUUUAAAACUACAUAUUUAUGUCCUUGGAAAGUCGCCACCAUUGUAGGAUCUCCAAUCCACGUUGACAAGCUCUUGGCUUUGAUGAUGUGAUUAUGAGUUCAUAAUUUUACCAUCUGGCAUCACACCCGUUUUUUAUUCUAUUUCUUGCGUGUUUACCUCAAGGCUAGUGUAAUUUGGCUUGGGAAUGUUUUCGUCGAUAUUCUCGCGAGAUCCUAUCAAAGCGUUUGAAUACGAGGCUCAGGACGUUGUCCUGUCGUAUUCUGGAUGCUCGUUCUGGACUCUGCAUAAAGGGAUUAAAAAGGGAAGUGGAGAAGAAUUUUCCAUUUUCGUAUACGAUGCUCAAAAACAAGGAGAAUCAUGGUUAUCUGCCGCAAAAGCAUCCUUGAAGCGAUUAAAAACAAUGCGCCAUCCGAAUAUUUUAACUUACGUCGAUGGUUUAGAGACAGAUAAAAUUGUUUAUAUUGUGACGGAGCCAGUAACACCGUUAUCCGAAUACUUGUUGAAGUGUACCAAGAAAAAUGAUCAUUUAUUAGCAUGGGGACUUUUUCAAAUCGCGAAAGCACUGAGUUUCCUCAAUGAAACGGCCAAUCUCGCGCACCAUAAUGUUUCCGUCAAUUCGGUGUUCGUUAGCAAAGCCGGCGAAUGGAAACUGGGUGGUCUGGAUUACGUCACUCCAGCCGAAUCCGACUCGGCUCCGUCGCUGAACAGCCUGAAAAAUUAUGUCGAACCACCGGAAUAUACGCGCGGUGGAGGCGGUCGUAAGAAUGGGGAGAAGUGGUCGACGGAUAUUUGGGGAUACGGCGUCCUUGUUUAUCAAGUCUUCAACGGGAAUGUGCCCAGCAAAGACGCCCUGAAGCAACUCCACAAUUUACCAGAGUCUCUUCGCCCGCAUUAUCCAUCGUUAAUAUCGACCGAUCCCAGGGCGCGGAUUAGUCCGACAGAACUUAUUAAUCGUUGUACAACGGGACGCGGCUUCUUCCAGAAUCCGGUUAUCGAUGCGAUGAAUUUUCUUGAUGAAGUACAGCUGAAGUCGCCGGACGAGAAGACUAGGUUUUUCGGAAGGCUUGUGGAAUUAGUAGAAUCCUUGCCAGAGGAAGUGUGUACAUAUCGAGUUCUGCCACAACUCCUUAAUACGUUCGAAUUUGGACCAACAGAUAACUCAACUCUUCCUAUACUGCUAAAGCUCGGGAAAGGUUUGAAAGAUGACGAAUACCAAAAGCGAAUCAUUCCAGUAGUUAUAAAACAGUUUUCUUCCACGGAUCGCGCUGUGCGGAUGCAGCUUUUGCAACAAAUGAAAUUUUACAUUGAUCACCUGAGUUCGUCGAUUGUAAACAAUCAGAUUUUUCCAAAUGUUGCUAAUGGAUUUCUUGAUACGAAUCCAGCGAUCAGAGAAGAAACGGUCAAAUCAAUUGUUCUGCUUGCUCCUAAACUCAGUUCAAAAAAUCUCAACGAAGAAGUGAUGAAGCAUUUUGCCAGGAUCCAAGCAAAAGAUGACCAGGGUGCUAUACGAACUAACACGACCGUUUGCAUUGGAAAGCUGGCGCCGUGCUUGGUACCAGAUGUGCGGUUGAAGGUGCUAGUAUCAGCGUUUUCGCGUGCCUUGCGAGACCCAUUUCCUCCUUGCCGGGUGAGCGGUGCUGUUGGAUUUGCCGUAACCUUUGAAUAUUUUUCGCUGAAAGACGUUGCAACACGUGUGUUGCCGUCACUUGUGUUGCGCUCUGUGGAUCCGGAGAAAGAAGUCCGUGAUCAAGUUUUGAAGAGCGUCAAAUUGUUUAUGGAUCGCUUGGAGCAGGUCUCCGAGAAACCAGAAUUAAAGGAUGAAAUGGAAUCCAAAGUGAACGCUGGCAGCAUAAACGUUAUCAAUACUGCGGCUAACUGGGCUGGAUGGGCAGUCAAUUCACUUACGGCCAAAUUUUACAAAGGAAAGCCGGGAGAUCAAUCGUCCCAAAGCAAUAUUGCAGCUAAAGGAGAAGAAAAUGGAAAUUUGAAAUACUCUUCUGAUCAGCGCGACGAUAGCAAGCUCUCACCCAUGCAGCCAAUGGCCGCAUCUCCCGUUCCAUCGGGUGGAAAAUCACCCACCGCAGCCUCCUCUUCGGGGUGGGAUGAAGGCAUUGAUGACUGGUCAUUUUUGCAAGAUGCAAAAGCGAACCUCCCCAACGCGCCAAUAACGUCACCGGUUAGUGGAAACGCCGACGGAUGGGAUGAUGCGGACUGGAGCACGCCUAUCAGCGAGGCGGCUCCGAAAUCCGGCAUCCCCAUUAUCAAGCCCCCACCGCCUGCGGGUAGUGUUGUCAAACCAUCCAGCAAUGCGUCGCCGUUCGCUGAUUUGAACAAUGAAGAUAUAUUUUCCUCCAGAGUUCCUGCUUCCACCGCUAAGCCUACUGUUAAAGCUGCGCCUUCUAAAGCGCCAAAUAAUUCCACGGGAAGGACGGCUACUACGCCGCUGAAGCCGACCACGAAUGCAGCCAGCAGUCCCAAGGCAGGUAAUCAGACCACCUCGUGGGAUUCAUGGGACACAUGGGAUACGACCAAGACUGGUGAUGCCACCACUUUGAAACCGACCACCGCAACGAAAGGUGCAGCAAAACCUAUGAAGCUGACAGCCAAAAGUUGGAUCUACUGGAAUAAACAUUCCGAUUCAAAACUUCACUCGUACAACAAUUUUAGUUAAUUUUAAUGGCAGUUUUACCGAAUGGGCAUACGUUUUAUGUUCUUCUGCAUUUUAUCGUACCGAUACGAUAUUAUUGCUGAAUUUGUGAUUGAGAGGUACAUAUACAAUAUUAAGUAUUACCAAUAAUGUACUGGCAUAUUUAUGAGGGUUCUUGUCUUGAUUUCAGAUAGUUUUUAUCAAUUUUAUAACAGCAUGUCUCUCCUUAUAACAACUCUUUAUUUUC